AGUCGAACUUCGUCCCGUCGUUUACGUUCAAAGACGAAUGCACAUAACCUGCGUUAUAGCAAUCGACGUGCAUGACAGAAACGUGAAUUCUGCUGAAUGAAAAUUGCCUCGGCCCGCGGACUAUUUUUUUAAUAAAACAAACUUACGGUUUCUACGUUACGCCAUGAGGAGAUCAUUGAUUUCCCUGAGCAUUCCUUCUCGCCAGGCCGAGAUCAAUAUUAACCAGCUAAACUAACGCGAUACUGACGGUGGAAGAGGUCACUCACUGCCAUCAUCCUGUACCAAAGUUCACUGUAACCCACGUAAGUAACAUACCUGUGCUGGGCCGAAAUAAUCGCUUUGCUUUUCGAAUUGGACAUCAAACGAUCCCGCAUUUCAAUCAUCGACAGCGAAUUCGUGCAAAAAUAGCAGCUGUUCCCACCAUCCGUUCCAGCAUUAGAUAUUAUUACGUUCUCUUUCACUAAUUAUUGUUUCACCUUCACGAUACGUCCUUGUGUUUACCAAACACAAGAUCCAUUAUUAGUGGACGGUCGACUUUCGUCAUGUGCGCUCGCUGAUUAAAACGGGACAACUUCAGUCGGAUUUUUAAAUGGCGAGAACGUUCGGCGAUUUUGUCAAGGGCUCCAACCAAAAGCUUUCGAGAUGGACAAUGAUGCGAGAUCGUUGUCAGAGACUACGAUAGAUUGCUCGCCGAACAUCGAACGUACGCAAAAUACCGACCAACGAUGCGACGAGCCACGAAUCGAGGAGGAAUCGAUGGAGGACAAAACGGAUCCCGAGUUGGUGCUGGACCUAAGGGGUGUACUUUCGGUUUGCGAGCAAGCUUCGGAGAACGAGGACUCCGUGGAGAAGCUUUCGGCCGUUCUUGAACAACCCGAGGACUCCUCGGUGACCAUGGAAGACGUUCAAUCGUUGCUAGACGAUCAUGCGAACAGGAACCAUGUUCUCCGGGAACGAGUAGAGUCGCUCCGUGAAAUCAUGAAGUGUCUCAAAGAAGAGCUGCAAAACGAGGUGCAACUAUGGCGAAAGGAGAGGGAGGAGCUGCAAUUGUUGCGCGAGAAGGAUAGUGCGAUGGCUCUGCACGAGGCAACUGCAGCUGCGCGUGCUGCCGCGGCGGCAUACGCAGCAGAGUCGCCUUUGUCGAAUAAAUUGGGAGACGUUUUGGACCUCGGCGCCGAGGACACGUUCAGAGAGCUCACUAUACUCGAGUACGAGAAGAGGCUGGCGAAAUAUCAAGAUUCCCGGGCGUACGAUCACGCGGAGAAGCGUUACAACGCCUGUUGGAUAUCGAUCGCGAACAUUUACAAGCAGAAACUGAUGGAGAUCGAGCGGCUCUGUAACGUGGAGCUGGAGAAAGUGCAGCAGAACGCGAGCACGUUGCAGCCGCUCAAAGAAAUGGUGUCGCAAUGGUACGUGGACGAGAAGAACCACGGCGACACCGCGAGGACCUGCGAAAUUUAUGCUGGCGCACGGAAAAGUGUGGCCGACGACGAGAACCAGUUUUCCGAUCGUAAAUUUCAGAAGAUCGACGCGGAAGUGAACAUGACGCCGGAAAUAUUCGUCGCGAAAUUCAAGUCCGACAAUUUAACGAGCGGCAAAAGGCAUGCGCCGUUUUAAGUGUCCCAUGAGCAACGAAGGUGAGAAAAUAAAUUGCAAGAUCUUGAAAGAGUUACGUUGUUACUGGAGAUUAUUAUCAAGAGAGAUUAAAAUUGCUCUAAAUAGUAAGAAUAAUAAAAAAAGGAAAUAGUAUAUCUUGAACUUUAAAUUGGCGCCAGGGGCUCGCGAUAAAUGGCUACGUCGUUCUACCACAGACGAGAUAUAGGAGUAGACUCGACAUCGAAUGUAUUAUUUUGCCACCAAAAAUGGGGCUACAGAAACCCUAUUGCCAUCCCUGUGUCACGCUCAUCGUUACCGAUGUUAGAGAAAUUUAAGAUUCUUAGCGAGAAUCGAGUAUUCUGUAUACCACAUUUGCAUUACGAGACGCUUUGUGAUUAGAAAGACGCGAAUUUGAUUCAUUGCCACUUGACAGCAAUUUAAAACAUUAGGAUAUCUGUAAUUCGCAAGUGAGGUUUUCAUGUUUAUUAUUCAUGUUUCGUGCGACACGGAAAUGGCAAUGGUGUUUUAACGCCCCAUUUUCCUGUGACAUAAAAUGCAUUUAAAUGCCAGUAAUAAUAUUAAUAGUAUUAGCGAAUUGUUUGUAUAGUGAACAGAGAAAGAUUUGGUAGAGUGUAUAUAAGUUCUGCGGCUCGGAAAA